GAUAGAGGACCAUGUUCUAUGAAGAUUAUGCCUCAUGGAUCUGAGGACAUGCUGCAUGAAAUAAGAAUCUCACAAAGAAAAAGCAAGGAGGCUUCAAAAAAUAAACAUGAAAUGUGUACUCAUCGUGUCAGAUGGGGCAGAAGUUCUUUUUUGUUGGGCUGAUGAAGAAUUUGAAAAGAACCUUAACAGCAAAUAUUCUCUCCCUGACGAGUUUUUACAGUGCCCAACAUUUAGUGACAUUAUCAAUACACAAUUUGCACCUCUAAUCAUCUCCUGUGUGACGCUAUUGGAGAAGAUCGGUGACACCUAUACUUGUUUCACAGCUGAGAAUGGCCAUCUGUGUGUUCUUCACAUGUUUGGAGAAUGUCUGUUCAUUGCGGUUAAUGGUGACGAAUCGGAAACGGAGGAUGAUCUGAGACGCAAGCUCUAUGUUCUGAAGAGACUCACCGAGGUGCACUUUGGUCUGGUGACAUUAGAUGGACAGCUAAUCAGGAAGGAGUUACGGCCGCCUGAUUCAGAUCAGAGGAACCUGGUCUGGAAGACGUUUCAGAGUCUACUCCAAACUUACAGCACUUUAAGGAAUGAAGACCAGAGCUUUGCAGUAGAGGCUGUGGAACGUUUGAUUCACCCAAAGCUUUGUGAACAGUGCAUUGAAUUUUUAGAGAAACAGAUUGUACAGUACAUCAACAGCAGCAAUGAACGGGGCGGAGAGGAAGUGCUGCAUGCUUUCAUUUUAGUGAAUACCAAACUUCUGGCUCUCUUCUCAAGUCGAAAUGCCAGCUCACUGAGGCCUGCAGACCUCUUGUCCUUAAUUCUCAUAGUUCAGGAUCUUUAUCCUGCAAUCAGUGCCCCGCCGGAGCAGAAUGCCCAGGACAUAGAAGACAAUGUGGCCACUGAGGAGUACUACACCCCUAACCCGUCCCCAAGUGACACAAAUUCAGGUGGUAGCUGGAGGGAUGAUGUGUCGUCCACCUCUAGCCUGGAAGAAUCUGAAAUCCAGAUUGCAGAAGACAGUUUGAAUAUUCUGCCUGGUCCUUUGCCUGAAUCUACCAACACGAGGAGGGUAUUUCUGGAUGCCAACCUGAGGGAGGGGUAUUGUCCCAUGAUGCCUCAUUCCAUGUACUGUCUGCCACUGUGGCAAGGGAUGUCCCUGGUUCUCUUGACAAAGUUCUCUGGAAGUCAGCUGGGGCUCUCCUUGUACCAGCUCUUGGAUGGAUUCAAUAUAAUGGAGAAGAAGCUCUUGGAGGGCCAGGACAUUCAGCACAUUAUACGGUCACAUCCCUUCAUUGCAGACCUGAGGCAAAGAACAGACAGAUUUGUUAAAAGCCUUGGCGUUCGUGAAAACCCAUUGCAGCAUACCUGGCUUGAAUUCAAGAAUAAAGCUUUCUCCAGAAAUGAGACAGGAACGCCAGCAGAGCUUGCUCAAGCAUGUAAAAAUGUGAAGCGUCAGCUGUGUUCUGUGUACCGCCAGCUAUUCCUGAGUUCUCCAAUAAGUGGCACGCAUGCCUUGUCUCUAAAUAUACAAACACGAGUCAGGAAACAUGUUCAGGAGAAGUUAAUGGACUGGAAGGAGUUUUUGCUGGUGAAAAGUAAAAGAAAUAUAACAAUGGUGACUUACUUAGAAGACUUCCCUGGCCUGGUGCAUUUCAUUUACGUGGAUCGCACCGUAGGACAAAUGCUGGCCCCGUGCAUAAACAUAGAAGAUAACUCCACCAGUGAGCUCGGGAACAGCUUAUUGGCGAAUUUCAUAAAAAACAAGGUUUGGUCACUUAUAGGUCUGUCUCGAAGAUACCUUCAGAAAGGCUACACCACACUAACGUUUCGUGAUGGGGAUUAUUACUGUUGUUACUUCCUGUGGUUUGAGAAUGAAGCUGGUGAGAAACUAGAAGUUAUUGAUGUUCCAGUGUUAGGAGAUGAUUCUGCACCUAUAGGAAUGCUAGCAGGAGAAUAUUACAGGAAACUCAUCCGUUUUUACAGCAAAAACCAUCAGGCGGAGCUAGUGAAGUGCUAUGAACUGCUAACAUUGCAUCUGGGCAUUAUCCCACCAGAUUUCAUCAUACAGCAGUGUCAUGACCUGGCUCACAAACUGUGGGAGCCAUCUCGUAUACCCCUUCUAUGAAGCAUGACACUGGCAAAUCGGAUAAUCUCAACAGCCCGCGCUAUUGGCUCUGUUUUGCAGCGAUAAACAUCUACUGUGCCUUAGAAUGGAACUCUGGGUCCGAAAUGGCACUGUGGACAUAUCCUAGUUACUGUACUUAUCUUUUUGUU